GGGCGGGGGUUGGGAAGAUGGCGGCUCCCAGCCUCCUCAACUGGAGGCGGGUUUCCUCCUUCACGGGGCCGGUCCCCCGCGCCCGGCACGGACACCGGGCCGUGGCUAUCCGGGAGCUGAUGAUCAUCUUUGGAGGGGGCAACGAGGGCAUCGCGGACGAGCUGCACGUCUACAACACGGUUACAAAUCAGUGGUUCCUACCAGCGGUUAGAGGAGACAUCCCUCCAGGUUGCGCUGCCCACGGAUUUGUCUGUGAUGGUACCAGAAUAUUAGUGUUCGGGGGAAUGGUUGAAUAUGGAAGAUACAGCAAUGAGUUGUAUGAGUUGCAAGCAAGUCGUUGGUUAUGGAAAAAAGUGAAACCCCACCCCCCUUCUUCUGGUUUACCUCCUUGUCCCCGGCUUGGACAUAGCUUCUCUUUAUAUGGUAACAAAUGCUAUUUGUUUGGUGGUCUGGCAAAUGAAAGUGAAGACUCAAACAAUAAUGUUCCCAGAUAUUUAAAUGAUUUCUAUGAGUUGGAGCUACAGCACGGUUCUGGUGUUGUGGGUUGGAGCAUUCCAGUGACUAAAGGGAUUGUGCCUUCUCCAAGAGAAUCCCACACAGCUGUGAUAUAUUGCAAAAAAGAUUCUGGAAGUCCUAAAAUGUAUGUCUUUGGUGGAAUGUGUGGUGCUCGCCUGGAUGAUCUAUGGCAACUUGACUUAGAAACGAUGUCGUGGUCAAAACCAGAAACUAAAGGGACGGUGCCACUUCCACGAAGCCUUCACACAGCCAGUGUUAUAGGAAACAAGAUGUACAUUUUUGGUGGAUGGGUUCCACAUAAGGGGGAGAAUAUUGAGACUUCACCUCAUGAUUGUGAAUGGAGAUGUACUAGUUCAUUUUCUUAUCUAAAUCUGGAUACAGCAGAGUGGACCACCCUCGUAUCGGAUUCUCAGGAAGAUAAAAAAAAUUCAAGACCAAGACCACGAGCUGGACACUGUGCUGUUGCAAUUGGCACUCGAUUAUAUUUUUGGAGUGGAAGAGAUGGCUACAAAAAAGCACUGAAUAGUCAAGUUUGCUGCAAGGAUCUUUGGUAUCUUGAUACUGAGAAACCGCCGGCACCAUCACAAGUACAGCUGAUCAAAGCCACUACCAAUUCUUUCCACGUCAAAUGGGAUGAAGUGCCUACAGUUGAGGGCUAUCUUUUGCAGCUGAAUACAGACUUGCCACACCAAACUGCAUCAUCAGAUUCCUCACUGGCACCAAAUCUACAAGGAGUCAGAAUGGACCCUCACAGACCAGGCAGUAAUAGCACCGUUCCUAACAGUAUCAGCGAUACAACGAACAGUGCAAAAACUGAACAUACACCUAUGAAAGGAACUUCUGUGAAAAACAGACCAGAUCUCAAAGCAUCAACUGAUUUUAAUGCUGCUUUACAUCCAUCUAUGGCAACUAAUACUUCUAAUCAUAAUAGUUGUGUCGUGGAUAUGUUAAGGAAAAAUGAAGGUCCUCAUACUUCAGCAAAUAUAGGUGUUCUAAGUAGUUGCCUGGACUUAAGAACAGUAAUCCCUGAAACUUCUGUAUCCAGUUCUGUUUCCAGCGCACAAACUAUGGUAACCCAGCAGACCAUUAAAACUGAAUCAUCCAGUACAAAUGGGGCAGUUGUUAAAGAUGAAACUUCACUAACAACAUUCAGUACCAAAUCUGAAGUUGAUGAUACAUGUGCCCUGCCUGCAACUAAGAUCAGCCGUGUGGAAACACAGGCCACAGCGAUGUCAUUUUCUAAAGAGACUCCUUCAAAUCCAGUGGCCACAGUGAAAGCAGGAGAACGACAGUGGUGUGAUGUAGGAAUUUUUAAAAAUAACACAGCUUUGGUGAGCCAGUUUUAUUUGCUGCCCAAAGGGAAGCAAAGCAUCUCAAAGAUAGGAAAUGCGGACGUACCUGACUACAGUUUACUUAAGAAACAAGAUCUUGUUCCAGGCACAGGAUACAGAUUCAGGGUAGCAGCCAUCAAUGGAUGUGGAAUAGGCCCUUUCAGCAAAAUCAGUGAAUUUAAAACUUGUAUUCCCGGUUUUCCUGGAGCUCCUUCUGCAGUCAGAAUUUCAAAGGUCCUGCCCCUCUUUAGAGAAGAAAAGAUCUGCUUUCAGAAUGUUGAGGGUAUCCACCUUUCCUGGGAACCUCCAACUUCACCUUCUGGAAAUAUUUUGGAAUAUUCAGCCUACCUGGCUAUCCGCACAGCACAAAUACAAGAUAAUCCAAGUCAACUUGUGUUUAUGAGGAUUUAUUGUGGUCUUAAGACAUCAUGUAUAGUAACUGCUGGGCAACUUGCAAAUGCACAUAUCGAUUAUACGUCCAGGCCUGCCAUUGUGUUCAGGAUAUCAGCAAAGAAUGAAAAGGGAUAUGGACCAGCUACGCAAGUUCGAUGGCUUCAAGGAAUUUCCCGGUUCUGCUGCCGAUACAAAUCUGGAGUGAAUAUACAGAGCAAUAUAACUGCCGAAAAGAUGGUUCAAACUAAGAGCCGUAAUAACUGCAGGGGCCCAGGCCUAUCUAUUUCUACCAUGCGACCUUAUGCCAGGUCAGGUGGACUGAGUAGCUGUGUCCUCGAGCUUCACGUAUAAUACUCCCGGCCACGAUGGAUUUAAUUGUGCAGGAUUGAUAUAUAUGUAUGUUCCAGUUACUAAUUUAAAGUGUAUAGAAUAUUUUAAUAUAUGAUUUUUGUAAAGAACUUGGAUUUUUAUACUACAGUAUUUGUAAUUAAUGUGUCUCACUAAUUAAGUUUCUCUUGAAGAAAAUAUGCAAGCUGUUAGACACAUAAUGAGUGAUUUCCAAACUCUAAAGGUAAAAUAAAUGCACUACUCUGGUGUUAUUAGAAUACCUUUUUUGUGGCUGUAUGAAUCCUAAAUCUUUAAAUGUGUAUUUUUACAAACAAUGUUUACAAGGAGCUUCUCUGGUUUGUUGUCUCAGCACCUCCCUUGGUGAGAGCUUCAUUCUGCAUUUGUUAAAUUCAUAUGCUUUGCUUUUAGCAUAUGCUUGCUUUUUGCACUAGUAGAAUUUUAACUUACCUCAUUAUUAUGUUUGUAAUCAUUUGUAUAGCUUCCAUAAUAUGUCUGGUAUAGGCUAAAAAAAUACUUAACCAAAGUUAAAAUAAAUGGUAAGCAGUUUUGCACAUAUUAAAUGCUAGGGUUUUUUGUGUAUAUAUGUGUGUUUAGUUAUAAAAAGAGGAAGAAUGAAAAGUUAUAGUAAGUAUAUGUUUCAAGUCCAAUUACUUUAAUGAUUUAUCUGCUUUAUUAGAAAAAAGUCUGGCUUUUAACUCCUUAUUCUCUGCAUUAAUUAACAAUUUGCAUCUUGAAGCACUUCCCUUAAUGACAAGGACGAAGUUGACUUUAAGCAAAGAAUAGAAUAUUUGUUUGAGUGUGCACAUUUGUAACUAUUUAGUAUUUGGUUUAGUUUACUUUGCUUAUAUGCCUCUGUUGUGCUAUGAACCUGUGGUUCUAAAUACAUCUUAUUUUCUAGAGAGAAAGGCAGUCUUGCUAUAUACCAAGGGAUUUGUGAAAAUAACAAAUGUUUUUACUUUGACAAUUAGCCCAGAUUCUGUUAUCGUUUUGUUUUGUUUUGUUUUGUUUUUUGGCAUUUGUGCAUUAAGCACUGGUCAUAUUUAUUGGUGACUGAAAGAUGCCAUUGAGAGAUCUCUGUGGCUUGACAUUCAUAGUUAAUAACAGAUCUUUAAGCUGCGUGUUCAUGAAUAGAAUGUACUAGGGUAAAUAACAAGAGAAGUGCAUUUAGCUUCCUAUGAUUUGCACAUUUUCUAAGCGAAGAUCCCUUUGAGUAGCAGUGGGCUAGAUCAUGCAGGUAUCUUUCAUAUGAGGAUUUACACUGAGUUAAAUGACUCUUUACUCCUCCUUGCUGAAUAAGCAAUUCAGAUGUACAAGCCUUUGUGCCAUAGUCCUCUACCUGGGCUCUACAACUUUGGUUCACAUAUGUAGUAAAAAGAUUUUGAUGUUGCAUGCUCUUAGAAUUAUAUUUUCUAAGAUAUUGUAUUGGCUUUGUUUUAGCUUAGUAAACUGUUUUGUCAGUUUAACUAGAAAUAGGGUAUUAUAAACUCACUGUUAUCUGCAUUAAAAAAAACCAAUCUGAUUGCAUGUAUGAGGCCCCCUUGCUCUAUAACCCAAUUACAUAAAUAUAAUCAUCUCUACGCAGGUGAAACUGUUGACCUGUUAUUUCAAAGACUUGUAGUCUAGCCAAGAUUUGUUCUGGUUAGAGAUCUGGUCUAUUAUAACUGAAGGUAUUUUUAUUUUAAAAAAUGGCAGCACUUGUAGCAUCAAAAUCACUUGUAACAUUGCCUAUGAAGAGAUAAUUAGGUUGAAAGUUAUUGCAGUAAUCUGCCCAUGAAUGAAAUAGGUUGCAAAAUAGACUUGGUCUUUGACUGCUUAAGGUAUAAACUGACAGUUACAUUUCCCAAGACUGAUUUUAGGCAGUUUUAUGUGUUAUGUACCAAUGAUGUGUAAAAUAAAGCACCUUUUCUAUUAUAACCAA